CAUCUAACGUAAUAACAACACAACAAAAUUGAUAGAGGGCGCCUUAUUCGCACGGAAUUACUCCUUCAUCAAAAUACAUCUGUCAAAAUGGCCAAACGCACGAAGAAGGUUGGAAUCGUAGGCAAAUAUGGUACUCGUUACGGUGCCUCUUUGCGUAAAAUGGUUAAAAAGAUGGAAAUUACACAACACGGAAAAUAUUCCUGCAGUUUUUGUGGAAAGGAUGCUAUGAAGAGAAGUUGCGUUGGAAUUUGGUCCUGUAAAAGAUGUAAACGAAUUGUUGCUGGAGGAGCUUGGGUUUACUCGACCACAGCAGCCGCUACAGUCCGAUCUGCUGUAAGACGUCUUAGGGAAGUUAAGGAACAGUAAAUUUGUUACUUAAGUUAAUUAAUAAUAAAAAAUU